AAAAAGUGCAAUAAUAAUUAAUUGCCUAUAAGUGUAGCGGUAAAUAUUCCAUCCAAAGUGAUUGGCGGAAAAAUUGUGUGAAACCGAAUAAGAAAAAAAGCCUGUGGAAGAGUGAAAGAAGCAGAGCAGCAGGCAACUCAGCUCUGCUUGUGUGUAUACGGCGCUGCACUGGAAAACUAGGCGGUGUUUAACUGUAAAAAUAUAUUGUAAAUAAAACACGGAUAACCCUAAAAAAAACCCAAAUAAGUUAAGCUAAAACAAAAAAAAAAAAAACAAAAACCUCGGAAAAACAACAACCAACUAACCGAAGAUCCAACAAAUUGUGUUAAUCUAAACAAUAAACAUAAACAAAAAAUACCAUUCGUUAAAAAUGGGCUGCACUACCUCCGCCGAAGAACGCGCUGCCAUACAACGUUCCAAACAAAUUGAGAAGAACCUAAAAGAGGAUGGCAUUCAAGCGGCCAAGGAUAUAAAACUUCUGCUACUUGGUGCCGGUGAAUCGGGCAAAAGCACAAUAGUCAAACAAAUGAAAAUCAUUCACGAGAGCGGCUUCACUGCGGAGGAUUUCAAACAAUAUCGACCGGUUGUCUACAGCAACACAAUACAAUCAUUAGUUGCCAUAUUGCGAGCCAUGCCAAAUCUUAGUAUUCAGUAUAGCAAUAACGAGCGAGAGAGUGAUGCAAAAAUGGUCUUUGAUGUUUGUCAGCGUAUGCACGAUACUGAACCCUUCUCAGAGGAACUAUUGGCUGCCAUGAAACGACUUUGGCAAGAUGCCGGCGUCCAGGAGUGCUUCUCGCGCAGCAACGAAUAUCAACUGAAUGAUUCCGCUAAAUAUUUCCUCGACGACUUGGAUAGAUUAGGCGCCAAGGAUUAUCAGCCAACUGAACAGGAUAUUCUACGUACUCGCGUCAAGACCACUGGCAUUGUGGAAGUACACUUCUCCUUCAAAAAUCUCAACUUCAAACUAUUUGAUGUUGGCGGUCAGCGCUCAGAACGUAAGAAGUGGAUACAUUGCUUUGAGGAUGUCACAGCGAUUAUAUUUUGUGUGGCCAUGUCGGAAUAUGAUCAAGUUUUGCAUGAAGAUGAAACUACGAACCGCAUGCAAGAGUCAUUGAAGCUGUUUGAUUCGAUUUGCAAUAACAAAUGGUUUACGGAUACCUCGAUCAUUCUAUUCUUAAACAAAAAGGAUUUGUUUGAAGAGAAAAUACGCAAAAGCCCAUUGACUAUAUGCUUUCCCGAAUACACAGGUGGUCAGGAAUAUGGCGAGGCAGCUGCCUAUAUUCAAGCUCAAUUUGAAGCGAAAAACAAAUCAACCUCGAAAGAAAUUUACUGCCACAUGACGUGUGCCACGGAUACCAAUAAUAUUCAGUUUGUUUUCGAUGCUGUUACCGAUGUCAUUAUAGCAAAUAAUCUACGUGGAUGUGGUCUAUACUAAACCAGGAGUAAUUAUAAUAAAAGAUAAACCUACAAAAGAACAACAACAAACAAAUUCAAAAGAAGAGGUGAAGAGCUACCAACGAGAUGGAAAGAAGGAAAGCAUUACCGUAACGGUAUUAAAAGAAUAAAAACCAAGCAAGAGGAGGAGCAGGAGAAGGAACAGGAUAAGCAGCAGCAGCAGCAGCCGCUUGAGGAGCAGCGACGCGCGGGAGCACAACUAAAACCCACCAGGCAAUGAUCAAAAAAAAAAAUGAAGAAAAACAAAAAAAAAAUAAGAAAAACCAAACAAUAUAUAACAAUGAUUCAAUUCAAUGAUGACAAAAA